GACGUCUAAUCGAAAUUCCAUCCGCAAAUCAUCAUCUACUGCCUGAGAUCAAAAUAUUAGUCCAUUACUCUUCUCGUCCACACUUUUUAAGCCAAAACAUUCGGUUUAAAGUGAAACGUUUUAAAUUGUAAGAAAAAGAAUUUGCGCCACCGUACAUCUUGACUUGAUAAAGUUUCAUUCACCGUAACAUUCACUCAGAAAUGUUUAAUCAACUUUGACUGCUUACAGUGUUUGCAGAGUCGAAAACGUAUUGGGACCGAAAAUAAUCACAGAAAUCGAAGAAUUAGACUUGUUAUAUAAUGGAACUAAUGUAAAAAUGAGUUAAUUGUCGGAACGUAUAAUGGACGAGUUACUUUUGAGAACGGAAAAUGCAUUAGAGACAAUUCAGGUGAAAUUUUGGUUAAAUUAAUUUGUGAUUAUGUACGAAUACCAAAGGUACGACUAAGAAUGUCCACGGAAAAUUUACAACGAGCCAUUCUCGAUUAUUCAGAGGACGGGCGUCAGGCUGUUUCGAACUUUGUCAACAAUAACUCCACCAUCGAUGCUGUAAAAGGAGCAUCGGAAACAGCUUACAGAGCUUUGAUCCGGUCGCUUCAAAAAUUGAAAGAAAUUGCCGUACAGCUUUCCAAUCCAGAGCCCAUAUUCGAACAAUUGAGAAUUUUGCUGCGCGAUGAGAUUUGCCAAAACAACAUUUUCUACGUGUGCGUUGGUCUUGGAUUCGGUGUGGCCGGUGGUUUUGUCAUCGGCAUGUGGUAUGCAAAACCGAAAUUAGCCGCUCCUGUAAUGAAGUCAAUAGCUUGCAUAUACUUCAAUGAACCAGAUAACCUUACAUUGUGUCACACAUCGAUCCCCACAUUCAUCGAAUCGACGGACAUUCUGAUCCGCGUUCGAGCCGUUUCCAUUCAACGAUUGGACCUGCGCAUAUCGAACGGCUAUGGACGGAAUUUCCGCCGCAUGAUCCAAAGUUACAAUAACACCGAUAAGACUGAACUGCCUUUGGUUAUUGGUCGUGCGUGUGCGGGCGUUGUCGAAGGUGUCGGUAGGGGAAUCAAAAGUAGCCUAGAAAUCGGUGACGAAGUGUGGUUAGCGUCACCGUGGUACGAAAGUGGACUGGCGUCGGAAAUUGUCGUUGCGCCCGAAUCACGUGUGGGACGAAAACCGUUUAUGAUUGCCUAUGAGGCUGCGGCUAGUUUGCCGUAUAGUGGGUGCGUUGCGUUGCAUGCAUUAGAAGCGUCGGGCAUGAAUGAAAUCAGUUCCGCUGGGAAAAGAAUUUUCAUUCAAAAUGCAUGUUCACCGGUCGGAUGUGUGAUUACCCAGUUGACGAGAAAAUGGGGGGCUUACGUCACAGCUUCAUGUCAUGUUCGAUCUAUGCCAGUUAUAAGGGCUUUAGGGGAUAGAGGUGCUGACGAUGUCAUUUCCAUUGACUAUGACGAUGAGGCUACACCGGCCGAGCAGCACAUACUGUUCAAAGAGCUGUCCAUACGGAAGGAGUACGAUCUUAUUUAUUUCACUACCGAAACGGACUACGACAAAGAAUUCAUACGAUCGUUUCUCACUCCCGAUGGGCUAAUCAUCGAUACGGUCGAACCGAAUUUGAAAACGGAUCGAUCGAUUUUGUCACAAUUUUUUUAUUCGAUUUACGUAAAAUUGAAAUUGAUUAGCGCCAAACUAACAAACACUCGUCCGACUUGGGAUGGUCCACAUCUAUGUCAUUUAGCUUUAGAUAGAUUAGCCAAUUAUGUGAACGAAGGGGUUCUUCAGACGGUGGUUGAUCAGGUUCACCCCCCACAAGAUGCCGAAAAUGCAAUCGAACAUGUGAGCAGCCAGAGAUCUAUCGGCAGUAGCAUUGUCUCAUUUCGUUGAAGAUAUGAAAAAUAUUAACUGAAAUAAAAACCCCGAACUAUAUCGACACACGAUUUCAACCCAGGUGCUUUGUUUGUGUUCAAAAUGAACGGCGACGACCUCAUAAUGUUAUACCUAUCAGAUACAAAAAAAAA